AUGUUGUCCUCCCUGAUCUCCCUCACUCUCCAGUUCUGUACCCAGGUCAUGACCACGCUCUUGACCCUCGUGUUUCUCCUCACAAUGCUCCUCCACGUGUUUCCCGCCCUGGCGGACCGGGUGUUUUAUGCAUUGCGAAUAUGUCUGGGUCUGGAAGGAUCCAAACUUGUCAUGCUGUCUUUGGAUUUAAAAAAAAUCUGUAUUGCAUGACCAACAAGAGGAGCCCAGAUUGCGCUACGCGGAGAGGGCACUUGUGAUGCGGAGUAGGCAUCAGAAAGCCUUCCAAAAAUCUGUGAUGCUAAGUCAUGCACUACAGGCACGAUGGGUCAUGCAAAAUAUGCAUGACAAACCCGGCAAUCUUCCAGACCCAGACAUAAUUGCAUUUGAUAUGUUUCAUCAAACGAAGAACGCGAAAACAGCAGCUAUUCUCACGACGACCUCCGGGGCGGGUGCGGGUGCAGCGGCUGCACCUCCAGCGUCGCAAGAGCAAAGCCAAGAAACUACUGCGACCGGUGCAAAUAAAACAACUUUCGAGGAGAGAGUGGUGGAAGUGCUGCGAAAAUCUUUCCAGUCGGCGAACUUCCAGCAAUUCUUGGACACCUCCCUCAGCAUAUUAAGUGCAAAUAUAUCUGGGUCUGGAAGAUAUGCAUGUUUGUCAUGCUUGUCUGGCAUGGCUCUUAAAUCUGUCAUGCACGUUACCCAAGAGCCCCACUUUUCUGUCAUGCAGAAACGCAGUUUGUCAUGCAGAAUAGGCAACACCAAGAAGCUCAGAAACUUGUCAUGCUGAGCCAGCACUUGUGGCCUCCACAUGAUACGCCACCCAGCAUCCCAAGUUUCCAGACCCAGACAUAUUUGCAAUGCAUACAGCAAAACCAUGUGCAACAGCCUGGGCCCCAGUCUGACCGCCGCGAGCGAGAGCCCGGAGACGUGCGCGGCCGCCGGACAGCUCUUUCUCUCCGACGACGUGUGCAACCGGCUGGAGAAAAUUGGCGGCAUUUCCGUCCAGGACCCAAAAUUCCGCGAGAAUUUCGUGCGGCUCGCGCACCAGUUAGCAGCGGACAAGGAAUUGCGUAAGGUCAUUGGGGACGGCAUACUGAAUACGCUGCUGGACGAGGAAGUGCGGCUACUGUUGCGGGAGAUUUUUCUGCACGCGCUGGACAACGAAAAUCUGCACUCCGCCAUGGUGAAGGCCAUUUAUCCUGUGUAAAAACAUCUCCACCCCAGAGUUGUCAUGCAGAUCUGCGAGCACAAGAGCAUUUGUAAUGCGCAUCCCCAUGAUAGGCAUUUCCGAUCGUGUUUUGAAACUUGUAAUGCUGUAAACAGGAUAAGCAGAUGGAUUUGUGAUGCGACAUCCCUUGCUAAAUUGCACUACACUAGAGCCUGCAAUUUGUAAUGCAUGACUCCCAAAACUUCGAGGUUUGUGGUGCAAAAUCCCCAUCUUGACUCUGGGAUGGGGACGUUUUACCUUAGGAUACCAUUCGCGCGGGAUUCACAGCCGCGGUGCAGGACGAGGAGCUCACGCAAAUGGGUAUAAAGUGCGUCUUCUCUUGAUGACAUUGAGGUGGAGUGUGCAAAGCAAAUUACUUUCUUGGGUUUUACUUCCCUAGCGUGCAUGAGAAAUGGCUUUUGUCGUGCAAAAAUGCGCAUGACAAAGUAAGAUCCAUGUAUGCGACUUCACUACAUCAGGUAAACACCUGGUUAUCGAGAUGCUAUCCGACGCACGGUUCCACCGCGCCAUCCUGAAAGGCGCGAUACGCAUUGCAAAUUCACUGCCUGGGUCAGAAGAAAGAUAUAAAAUCUGCAUGACCAGAUGUGUCAGAUUUGCUUUCCGAUCGUUGCAUCUAUGUCAUGUAUUUUGCUGGGACUCGGUCGGCUCGUCGUUGCCCGGCAGAGCACGUCCAUGAAGGAAGGUUGUGAUGCCCCCGUGUGGGUGCUCCCAGGCGGCGUUUCAUCAGAAGCUUCAUCAAACUCUCAGUCUCAGCAGUACUGAAAGCAUAAAGUUUUCAGAUUCCCUUGUACCCCUUCUGACAAAGUAAGUCGUGUUUUUGCAGUUGAUAAGCAAUGGGCGCGAUCAAGGCCGGCGUCCGUGACGCUUUGCGGGACCCUGAGUUCUAUGCUACGGAAAGCUGUAACUGUACCCUUCGUCGUGUAGUAGUUCCUCAAGAAAAAGAUCCGAAGUGUUUAUUCAUCUCAACAUUGACGGCGAUAGAAAGCUGAAUUGAAGAACAACUUCGUCCGCGUCCGUUCUUUUUGUGUAUAGUUGCAAAAAUGCGCUUACGCAUGAUUAUGCAUGCUAACUACACGGUGUUGCAAAUAAAACGGCUACUGUUUCUUUUCCCCUGGCACACUCCGCAAGCGGCUUUCAAGGACACCCUGGUCGACGCCCUGCAGGACGAGACUUUGCACAAGGCCGGUAUGCAGGGUGCAUUCGAGGCCAUUUUGCCCGACGCCUUCAAGAAGGACCGGCCGCACUCCAAUCUGCACUCGAGCUCCACGAACCUGAAUUCCACCGCGUCGAAAGACCACAACCACGACUACACAAUAGACAGCAGCAGUCACGGGCAACUACAGCAGAACGGAAUAGUAAACCAUCAUGACCAGCACGGUUUGACCUCGGCAUCGAAUGUUGCGGGGAUCACUACGACAACUUCCGGCGGCACGCAAGCUUUCCAUGGUACCAGCGCUUCAGCGCCACCUCGCGGUGGCGAGCAGCCGUCACAGUAUUCAAGAGCACACCAAUAUCAGGACCAGAAUGGUGGCAAUGGUUUUUCCGGAACAUCAUCCUCACACAGUUCAGCUUCAACAUUCGGUGUCGCGUCAACAGAUCCUUCGCAGCAACAGUCCCUGACCUCGUCAUUACCUAUCAACCUCCCAAACACGCAGAGCAUUCUGAGCAACAUCCAAAACACCACGCAAAACCUGGAAAACCGCUUCCGCGGCAUGUUCGGGGCGACGACGUCCCCGCAACUGAUAUCGACGACGAGCUCCUCGUCGAAUGUAGAAAAUAACUACCCCAGUUCGAGUGAACAGCAACACCAAGAUCCUGUUGGGGCGUCCUUUUUCGCGCGACCCUCGGCAGGACGAGCGUCCGCAUCGGCGAGUAGUUCUAGUUCCCCUCCUCUGGUGGCAAAUAAAAGUCCGAGCAUAGCAGGAGGGUCAACAUCUUCGUCCGCUUCAAAAAUACAGAAACAACAGCAGCUGGACAUGAAUGUGAAUCUCGUCCGGGAGGCAAACGCUAAUGGUGGCGAGGACGUUAUCCUGAUUAAAAACGUCCCCACCGCAGAGUUGUCAUGCAAAUGUGCAGCUCCAUGAGAGGCAUUUCCAGCCGUGUUUUGGAGGAAUUUGUAAUGCUUUCAACAGGAUGAGAAAAUGGCUUUCUCGUGCGGCUCCCCUUGCCAACCCCAACUACACUGCAGAGGAAAACUUGUCAUAUACAGCUCCCAAAACUUGAAGAUUUGUGUUGCUAGAUUCCCAACUUGACUAUGGGCUCGUGGGGACGUUUUUGCUUAGGAUAGACGUGGGCCUCUUUUCCAGCUCGGACAUGGAACAAUUGUCCAUCUCGCAGACGCUGAAAGGAAGAAUAGUAAAGCCUGGCGGUACUACAAGUAGUUCUAGCGCAGGAGCAGCCGCGAGAACAAAUACCGGAGCCGCGCCAUCCUCGCCGACCAUCGGAACAACUACAGGUGGUGGUAGUGGUAUACAUCCGAAGAGCCCAGCGAGUUUCAAAGCAUCUUCGCCUGGAUCAUCUGGAGUUUCCGGCGGGGGAACGAAAAACAACAGCGGGGGGCAAAGGAGGAGAUGAUAAGUAACAGCACAAUCCAAACAAGAAAGAAAAACAAAUUCUCAUAUAUUUGCGCCAAUCGCAACUGCUGGAAAGUCACCUUUGUUCUCGAACGGACACCACGCCUGGGACUUUCUAAGCAGGAGUACUGAACAACUCUGUAUCUUUGCAUGCAUGCAACUCUUCGAGGAACAGAAAAUCUAAUUCCAAUACUAC